CUGCGUACGCCUACUCCUCCAGCUGCUGUCGCAGAGGCUGUCUGGCAGGCUCGUACCCUAAGCAACGUACGCGAGCUUGAAGCCCAAUCAACGCUAAUACGUGACCGGGUUCAGCGGCAUAAGAGUUCAUCACCAGCGUCAAUUAUUGCGGCAAUUGGCCAGCUUAAGAAGGAGGCAGAGAUAAUAAUGCUCUUAGCUGAGCUAAUGCGCGAUCAGCUCGCCAGCCUUAAGAGGGCUAAUAAGGCAGCAACAAAGCGUAGGCAGCGUAAGAAAAAGCGGAUACAGAAGCGAGGAGUACUUACAAAGGGAGCUGGAGAGGAUCUACUCGCUCAGCGCGAGGCUAAUCAGCAGAUUGCUCAUGAAGAGCGUCAGAGAGGAGAGCGAUCAGGUGUUAGCCGCCAGGCUUUGGCGCGCUGUAGUAGGUGCAGAGAGACUGGCCAUAACUCGCGUACGUGCAAGAAAGAUACUCUAGGUACUGCUUAA